UGUCUUAUAAGUGUCACAACUAGACAUUUGGUGCUCAGACUAGUUUAGCCAAAUGCAUUGGAUCAAUGGAAGGUUACAGCAUAAAUAUUUUCUUUACAUUUUCCCAUCAUGAUUAUACACAGGCAGUUAUCCGUUGGCUGUCAAGGUCAGAGUCUGGAGUGAGUGGACCUGAGAAGGCAGAUACAAGAGGACAAAUCAUGCAAUUGAUGGCAGAGCUGAAAUCCUGUUCCACGAACCACUGGGAGCCAAUUGGUCAUCUGUGGUCAGACUUUGGAAGAUGCUAUAAGCAUGGAGACUCUGACACAAACAAUCUAAUAGAACGUUUCUUCCACCGUUUAAAAUACCAGUUCCUCUGUGGUAUCCGGAAUCGCAGAUUGGAUCACCUGAUUGAUGUGCUACUGAACAAGACAGAGAAGUACUUCAAUAUAAUACAGGAUCUACAGUCUGUUGGGAGAGUCUAUAAUCCUCUGCAAUGUAAAAUAGAAGAAAUUAAAAAUUCUGCUCAAAGGAUGCUAGACAAUGGUUGGGCCAGAAAAGUUAGUGUAGCUUCAAGAGAAACGUACAUCUACAAUGUUCCAUCUGAGAACAAUCCACAUUUAGUUUACUGUGUAUGCCCUGCAGAACAGUUCUGCAGUUGUAUAGCUGGUACAAGAGGAUGUACAUGUAAGCAUCUAAUUUUAUUAAGUCUUCUCACUUGUGAUGAUAGUGAGACUUUUCCAGACAUAAACACACAAUUGCAAGCCCAUGCCAACAACCUAAUUCAAAGGAACAAGUAUCGCAUUUUAUGCAAAGCCUCAAAAGAAUUUGAGGUUGAAAGUUUGUUUGGCAGAGCAGCAUCAAAACCUUGUGUUGGGACAAAUGUAUGUGAAUGCUGUACUUUCUCAUAUCAUAAAAAAUGUGCAUGUCUGCUACUUGCAAAUGGACUUUUAAAUGAGGUAUGUGAGACAAAGUCAGAAAACAUUGAAAACAUUCCAGUGGAGCCUAUUCAACAUGAAACUGAAGAUAAAGAUAGGCACAGUUCGACUAUUUGGAAACUGGAAAACAUACUGAACACUCUACAGACAUGGAAGAAAAUACCUGAGGAUAUUGCCCAUAAAGUCAAUGAACUGGAUGUGCAAAUACAGAAAGAAAAUGUGAACACUCAAAGAUUUGAAAAACUUUGUGAUGACAACUCGCGUAAAAUACGUCCACUAUUUACCAAUAGAAAAAGAAAGAACAACAGAGACAUUGCCACAGAGACAAUAAACAAUAUCACCAGUUUCCCUGUCCAGCCAAGAAGAAAACAAAGAGCAGUCAUUGGUCCAAAAAAGAAUACCAAAAUCAAGGUUUGA